AUGGCAUCACUUCUGGCGCGACCAAUGAGCGAUAAACAAGGAGGUCGCAUGUCUUCCAUGAAAGCAGCAGGCUCUGGUGGCGGAAGCAAGGGCGUCACGAAGCGCAACUUGACCCAGUCCACAAGCUUCAUGGACGCCCUGGACGGAGCGUCCCCCGCACCGAAAAAGAAGUCGAAGAAAACUGACAAUGUUUCCGAGAAGAAAAAGAGGCGCUCAAUCGAUGAUCCCAAUGAUUUAUUGGGCGGAAUUUGCAAAAGUAUGAGCAAGAUGAAAGAGAGCGGCAAGGAUGAUGUGUUGCCGAUUCGAAGGACGCCGCCGCUGCCUACCUACAACAGACCCCCAUCAGUGUCUCCGCCACCGGUACAAAGGCAAACUAAAAUCAGAUUUGCCGAUGAACACGGUGGAGAACUCGUUCAGGUGCAAUAUUUUGAGGUGGAGCGAGGGGAGCGUGUGAAUGUCUACCACCAGAGAAUGAUGUCCCAUGAGCAGAUCAGAGCCAUGGAGUGUGAGAUGGAGAAACGGUCCGUGGACACAAAUAUGGACGAAUCUGAUGAUGCACCGGCUGAGCGCCAUCCGUACCGGCUUGUGCCUCUGGACGUUGAAAAGCCAAAGGAGCGUGCCAAGCGCUCAGUGGAGAAGGAGACUGAGUUCAAGAGGCAGUCGAUGGCCAUGGAAGCCUUCUACAAUCCCAAUUGUCCCUCUGAAUUCAUCGGCGAACCAGACCUCAGCGAUAUUGGGCCGACAGAUAGGCAUCGCCCCAAAAACAUCCCGAUGGAUCGGCACAGUGUUGCGGCUGAGCCCAAGCCGGCUAUUGUCACGGCCGCUGUGAGUACAUCAUGGAAGACUCCGGCCAAUGCUGGACCUGUCGUCGAUGCUACGCCCAUGCAACCAACUCCCGCCGCUACCGUGGCCCCAACCGAGCCGUCGACCAGCGCUGCUUCCGCCACGGUGCCUGCCAUGUCCGAGAAGCUAGCCGCCUUGCUCUCCGGACUGAAGAAGAAUGGAAUACUGGCUGGUGGAGCAACAGCCCUGGCCCCGCAACCCGCUCCGCAACCAACCCCACAACCUACGCCCAAUUACGGGAUGCCACCCGCGACGGUCACAUACGCGCAGGAACCGGUCAAGAAGGGCCCCACCUACCAGCAAGAAUAUUACAUGCCGCCCGGGGCCAACGCCUUCCCUCAAUUCCCUCCGGCUGGACCCCCAUUCUCGCGGCCAAACAAUCUGCCGCCACCGAUACAGCAUCGACCAAGGGGAGCCUACGUGGCCACGAUGCCUCCGCCGGCUACAAACAACCCCCAGUUCUCGAGCCCGAGCGCCCCCGCUCUGCCCGUCAUCAACAAGGGCUUCAACAAGAUGUCGACCGUCGUCCCGCCAUCUUUGCGUGACCGGGAGGACGAUGAUUUCGAGCGCCCGAUGGUCAAGCCGAGGGGACCCUUCAAUGGACCCGUGAUGGGAGGAUAUCGCCAGUGCAAAAUGUUCUCGGCUUCUGGAAAUUGCCGUUUCGGAGACCGCUGCCGAUAUGCCCACGGAGAUCAGCCUCCACCAGCCGCUGCAGGAGUGCGCAAAAAUGCCGCUAACCGUGAUGGCCCGCUGAUGCCA